AUGCCCUUCCUCCUCCCCUCGAUCCGGUCGGCAAAAGGCAUAUAUACUGGGCAUUCUCGGCAUCAUCGACUCUUCUCGCUCAACCCGAAACAUCCAAUCCGAACCCAGACAAACAGGAUGUCCGAUCUUGACGCACCCCCUUCCAGCUCGUACAACGGCGACGCCGCCGCCAAGAAGCCGGCCAUGACCAGCUCCGCCGCUCCUGUCUCCAACGGAGGCGGUCUCGUGACCGUCCAGCCCCUUCGACGGGCCGAGAUGCAACCCUCGUACAAGCAGAACCUUGGCCUCGACACCGUCCAGCACGGCUUCUACGGCUCGCUCAUCAACGGCAUCGGUGCCGUCGCAGGGUUCUUCGGUCAGAUCCCCUGCUUUAUCUGCUGCCCCAACCCUUACAAGGAGAUCCAGCAAGGCAGCGUCGGUCUGGUCUCUCGUUUCGGCCAGUUCUAUCGUAGCGAGGACCCAGGCCUUACGCAGAUCAACCCUUGCUCAGAAUCUUUGAGGCGAGUGGACGUCCGUAUCACUACGUCUCCCAUCGGGCAACAGUCGGUCAUUACUAGGGAUUCUGUGAGUGUGCUCGUGGACUCCGUUAUCUUCUGGCACAUCUCCAACCCGUACCGAGCCAGCUUCGGCAUCAACGACGUACAAAAGGCGCUCAUCGAACGAGCCCAAACCACGCUGCGAAACGUUGUCGGUGGUCGCGUGCUCCAAUCCCUCGUCACGGAGCGAGAGCAGGUUGCGCUCGAGGUGCAAGAGAUCGUUGGCGACGUCGCCGAUCGCUGGGGUGUCCAGGUGGAAAGCAUCCUCAUCAAGGACAUCAUCUUCUCCAAGGAGCUGCAGGAUUCGCUCAGCUCUGCCGCCAAGCAGAGGCGUAUCGGUGAGAGCAAGGUCAUCGCCGCCCAGGCCGAAGUCGACGCCGCUCGUCUCAUGCGCCAGGCCGCCGAUAUCCUGGCCUCCAAGAGCGCCAUGCAGAUCCGCGCGCUCGAGAGCUUGCAGGCGAUGGCAAAGACGGCCAACAGCAAGGUGAUCUUUGUACCUAUGAACCUCAACGAUCUGUCGGCAGACGACAAUCUGCCUCCGGGAGGCACGGGUCCCGGUGCCAACGUGGCUCCUGCCGCUUCCGGGUCUGGAUCGAGGGGUGCCAACAUGAUCCCUACGGCUGCUCUUAGCCAGCUGGCUGACAUGUAG